GAAGCGAAGGAUCGGGCGGUAGGUAGGCAUCAUGACGUCAACUAGGAGUAACAGAGCCAGAUUUGCUAUCAAAGGUUAUAGCAUCGAGCAUGGAUAUCCUUCGAGACGACGUUCUUUAGUGGACGAUGCAAAAUUCGAAACUCAGAAAUUGAAAGAAGCCAAGCAAAAUUGGCUGAAAGAGCACAAAAAUCUUUCGGAGGAUAAAGAAUUAUCGGAAGAAGAGGUAUUUUUAGUUAGUGAAAUACCAGAAGAGGAAGCAGAGAAACCACAAACAUCUAAUGUAAUAUUUAACCUGUACGGAGGAAUAAAUCUUCUUCCCUCGGUUCUAACGAUCGUCGAAACAAGCAAAGGAGAAAUAACGUAUUUGGAAACAAGAAGCUCACAACGUAAUUCUCGUCACUACGACGUAUUCGCUCGUCUGAAUAUAACUCGAGAUGGAUUACUGCUGUUGAUUAAAAGUCUUCGACAGAGCGAAUUAGCCGAAGCAGUAGUCCUGGGAACCGAGAAGUUGAGCAUUAAAGAACCCUGGUUUCCUCGACAUAUUAGCGACUUGGACUUUUGCUCUCACAUAACUUCCAAGUUCGAACCCGAUUUGGAUCACGAUCACCCGGGAUUUUCGGACGUGGUGUAUCGAGCUCGCAGGAAAGAGAUCGCACAAAUUGCCUUCGAAUAUAGACAUGGUCAAGCCAUACCGAGAAUCGCAUAUACCGAAGAAGAAAUUAAAACGUGGGGGACCGUAUAUAAAGAAUUAAGCACUUUAUACGAAAGCCAUUCUUGUCGACAACAUUUGGAAGUGUUUCAAUUGCUAGAAAAGGAAUGCGGAUAUCGAGUGAAUAACAUACCUCAAUUAGAAGACGUUUCUUCAUUCUUGAAAAGAAAAACUGGAUUCAGUCUCAGACCAGCUGCGGGGUUAUUAACUGCCAGAGACUUUUUGGCCAGUUUGGCUUAUCGUGUGUUUCAGUGUACUCAAUAUGUUCGACAUAGUUCCUCCCCGAAUCAUUCACCCGAACCAGAUUGUAUACACGAAUUAUUGGGACACGUGCCGAUGUUGGCCGAUCCAAGUUUCGCGCAAUUUUCUCAAGAAAUAGGUUUGGCAUCUCUCGGAGCAUCGGACGAAAAUAUCGAAAAAUUCGCAACGUUAUAUUGGUUCACUGUAGAAUUCGGACUAUGCAAACAAGACGGACAAAUUAAAGCUUACGGAGCGGGAUUGCUCUCCUCUUACGGAGAACUUAAACACGCUUUAUCCGGGAAACCCGAACUGAGAGAUUUCGUUCCCGAUCAGACUGCCGUUCAACCCUAUCAAGACCAGGAUUAUCAAGACGUGUAUUACGUGGCCGAGAGUUUCGAUGACGUCAAAGAAAAAUUUCGGCAAUUUGUAUAUCAACGAAUUCCUCGAAUAUUCGAGAUCUGGUACGAUCCCUUCACACAAUCGGUGACGGUUCUGGACGAUGUCAAACAAUUGGUUCGAUUGGUCGACUCCAUCAAGUCGGAAACCUGUCGACUGAGUAGCGCUCUGACCAGAUUGAAAGUACUUUAGAUCGACGUUUAGUCAACUUUAUUUGUUAUCGUGCAAUAAAAAUUAGUAGAUCAAAGCGUCAAAAUAUAUAUAUUUUGCUGGAACGUAACUAUAUCCGUUCCUAAUGUAACUGGCAUCGAACCAAGUUAACUUAAUCGUCUCGGAAUUGAAAUUAAUUAUUAUAUAUAAGUAAACAUUAAGCCUUAGACAGAUUGGAAACUCCUUCGUUAAUGUAUUUCUGUUUCAACGUGCUUUAAUCAUAUUAAAUUGCCAAUAUCGAAAAUAAUAAUAUUUAUAAAGGCAACGGCUCGAAUCGGUCGAUAUGAUGAUGAUAUUCGUUGUCAUUUGUAAUCUCGUUUGUGAUUAAAUUGUUGGAAAGCAAAUGUCCGGUUUGAUU